AUGGAGAAGGGUGGGAUGGCUGUUGGUGGCAAAAAGAAGGUGUUAAAAGCUGGUAUAGACAUGAUCAUGAUAUUCAAGGUAGACUUGAGGUGCCGGCGGAUUUCCCAGGCUGUAGAGGAGGUGCAGAAAGUCAUCCAUCAUUUGACCACAGAGAUCAGCCACCAAGAUAUUAGAUUUCAAGCCGUGCUUUACUCUGACACGUACAAUGAGAACAUUAAGGUUUUGGCCCCCAGCCAGUUCCUCAUCACAGUCCCGGUAAAAGGCCUGUCUGGGUACAAGGAAGCCAGCGAGCAGCGCUGGCGGUACUAUUCCCUGCAGGGAGCCAGGCUGCCCUGUCCCUUGCGGGAACCAGAGGACCUGCAGCAGUGGCUGGAGGUGGAGCAGUUUAUGAAGAGCCUAUGGCAGUGGCAUGAGGCAGAUGUGACCAUUGAGGGGGACAUUGUGCCCGCCAAGGUCCUCCAGGUGUUCCGGAAGCUGGUGGAAAAUGCAAUUACAACCUGUCACCUCGCAGGUAAAGUCAGCAUGCUAGCAGACUGCGCUGCUGUGUGGGUUGCCAUGGAAACAUCCACAGGUCAGGUGGAACUAGAGCUGGCGCCCACCGUGGAGAUCCCCACUGCCUGGUCCAAGAAAGCCCGGUGGCCUCGAUGUCUGAAGCGCUGGCCUUCCCCCGAGAGAGUGGAGUACAUCAAGUCGUUUGGGUUUCACUUGUUGGCCUGUUCAAAUUACCACUGGCAGCUGAGCUUCUUCCGGGCCGAGCAGGUGUUGCUGGAACAGCUGGAUGAGGAUGGGGGCUGCCGCAGGAAGUGCUUUCGGGUCAUGAGGCAGCUCAAGGAAGAGGUCUGGUGUCCAGGCAGAAGGCCGGUCAUCACGUCCCACCACCUGCAGACAGUGCUCUUUUGGACUUGUGAGAAAUACCCCCACUUCAAGGACUGGCAGGUCUUCAGCAAAGCGUUCCUGCGCCUGGCGAGGAAACUGCACAAGUGCGUGAGCCAGCAUCUGCUCAAGCACUAUUUCGUCAGGAAGAGCAACCUCCUUCGGGGUGCCAGCUCGAGCGAACUGGAUGCUGUGGCUCAAAAACUGGCCGCCUUCUUGAGGGACCCCCAGAUCAGCCUGGCCUGA